CUCAACUGUGCGGGUUUUGAUUGGAAGAAUGCAGCUGAGUAGGAAGGGUGUCCCAGGGCGACCUCUGAUUUAAUCGGAGCUCCUAAGAAUUUUCUCCUAUCGCUGACACUCCUGCGUGGCUGCUGACGCUUCUUCUGCUGCUGGCCACCUUUCUGCACACCUGAGGCUCCCACCGCAGCAUGCAACAACCAGGCCGGCUGAGGCUGAGGCCGUGGCUGGAAGAACAGAUUCAGUCUGGGAAGUAUCCGGGAGUCAGCUGGCUGGACCAGUCAGCACGAAUCUUCCAGAUCCCAUGGAAACACGCCGCUCGCCAUGGUUGGAGUAUUGACCGAGAUGCUACGCUCUUCAGGAGUUGGGCCAUGCACACUGGCCGGUACCAUCCAGGCAAAGACAAGCCGGAUCCCAAGACGUGGAAGGCAAACUUCCGCUGCGCCUUGAAUUCUCUGCCUGACAUCUGUGAGCUGAGGGAGCACAGCAGAAAGCGAGGCAGCAACGCCUACAGAGUCUACAGGAUGCUGCCCAGCUCGCAAACACACAGACGCAAGAGAGGGCUUCGGUUAUUGAGUCGACCCCGGGAAAAGCAGAGCAGUUCGGGAGCGUGCCCACGCAUUGAUACAUACGCCACGCACACUUGGCAGCACACCACAGCAAGACCUGUUCCUGACCCACCGCAGAAGCUGGAGAGUGGUGCGGAGGACACAUUUGGCAACACUCAAACGCAUGGGAUGUGGGAGGCCAAAGCAGAGGACCAGGAACAAAAUGACGCCGUGUUUAAGCUGAUGGACCAUUUAGGCAACCCUGAUAUCUGGAGCCAGACAGCAGAGCAGAGGUGGAGAACACACUCUCUGUUGGACCACUGGCACUAUGCUGGCGAUGACAACACCUACCCUCUACACACAGAGAACUACAGUGAUUUGUUCGGUCCGAACCACUUCAAGGAACUCUCUGACUGGCCCGCACAUCAGCAGACACUGAUGUAGCAGCCAUGAACCAACUACGCAACCUCCUCCUCUCUGCGGUUACCGCAUAUUUGUUUUUUACCCCAGGCUUUCUUUCUGACCUUUAACAGUUUUCCUCCCGUCUUUCUGCUGAGCUGACCACUGAGAGAGUAACAGGAGAAGGCGAGAGGACAGAGGAUAUUGCUCUGUCAGUCAGCCGGUCGGUCAUCCUCUCUGCUCAGCAUGCUGAGAUAAAGAUCCAGUUCCAAGCCAAGCUCUUCUCCUGUCAUCAUCACUUGUGUUCACAGCGGUUCAGUGCCUCAAACUCACUGAAAUGACACCAAGCUCACAACACAGCUUACAGAGGAAACACAGCUCAUUUCGCUUCAGUUAUUGUUCUCCUGUUUCGUUGAGCACGUCUGGAUGUUUAGCCAACACGCAGUGCACAAAGAGCUGAAUAAAGAGGCAGGGGAUUUGAGCAAGGCUCCCCGGCUCUGCCUUAAUUUACAGGAAGCUGAUUUUGUAUAUAUAUAUAUAUAUAUGUGUGUGUGUGUGUGUGUGACUCUACUGUUGUUUGUUCUUUAAUUUUAAAGUUUGUAAAAUGUAUUUUUGAUGUGAUACUAGAGUUUUGUACUAGUAGAGUAGUAGUUUGUGUAUUAUUUUAAAAAAUAGAAAAACAUUGGGCAUUCAUAGAAUGCCAAAGCUACCAUUAUGCUUGAGUUUGUUGGGAAUCUUUACAUUCCAUGUAUAUAUUAAAAAUAAAAAAUGAAUUAAUACGUUUCAGUGUGUGUGUGUGUGUGUGUGUUAGAGCUGACAGGUGUGUAAUGGCUCAAAUCAAAUCAAAACAAAUAAAAACAAAACCUUUAUUAUCCCCAAGGGGGCAAUUACCCAUGCAGCCAGUGGUGAAACAAGACACUCACCCACAGCAUAACACACAAGACCGCCAUGGGACUAAGUAAAUAAAUAAAUACUCCAAAAGAGGGAUGUAAAAGAUUAAAAAAAAAAAAAAUACAAAAGAGAGCAAUUUGACAAUAUAUGCAACAUAUAGUGAUUAAGGACCUAUGCAGGGGAAGUAUAAGUCAAGAAUCAGGUCAAUAAUACAAUUGCCGUCUAGACAAAAGAGUUUUUAAGACGAUGGUUUGGUUUUACACCGAGGCAGAAGCACGCAAUAAGAACUCUUUGAACAAUCGGUGGGUGGAGUCUGCCAAGAUUCCCUUGACCUGUACAUGUCCGAUAUAUAAUCAAGAGAACUACCCAUAGUCUUUGUGCACACUUUAGUAAUGCCCUGGAUCCUGAUCUUGUUGCACAGAGACAGUGUACCACACCAGCAGAUUAAAGAAAAUGUUAAAACUGAUUCAAUAAAACAUGACUGUAAAAUUCUCAAGCACGAUCCAUGUUAAACUUGGCUGUUUUUUUCCACCUGAUGCUCAAAUGUCAGUUUGAGCAUGAAAAUGACACCUUAAUAUUUAUGUAUUUAUCUCCACGUGCUGUUUUCCAGUGCUGGUUGGGGACCUGGAUGAGGGAGAUUUCCCAGUAUCAAUAACCAUGUCUUUAGUUUUUGAGGUGUUUAUUUCACGAUAGCACGGCUGUGCUAUUGUCAGUUUCCUGGCUGCUCUGCAGAGACACACACUUUAAAAUGUGAUUCCCCUCAUCCCGGCUAGUUUAAACUUAAAGGACGCAGCCUUUCACCUGUUGAGGUCUCUCGGUUAAAAAGUCCAGCAGCCGGUUUAUGAGGCUGGAUUGAAAACAAUGAGAAAUCAACAAAAACAAGACGACUGAGAGUUUUAACGCCUUCUAACUGAGAUCAGGUUAAAUUAAAGAGCGUACUUAUGGCAUCAUUAACGCCUCUGCCUGGCCUGUAGGCAAACUGAAAUGUCUAAAAGACCAUGGACCUCACUCAAAAGAUCAUCCUUUACAGUCUGUUCAAAGACUGCUCUUUAGUCCUUCUUAACCUUGUACCAUACAGUGCAUCGAUGGACUGUGCUGAAGUGGCAGUUUGGUGUGAGAAUCACAUUUUACAGUUAUUGCAGUUGCGACUGGAAAUAAAUGAACCAGUGUUUUGAAUGAAUACAGCAAGUAAGUGUAUUUUGUGUGCUGCAUCAGGAGGAAACGUUCACUUUGUAUUAGCAUUAGCUUUUUCACUUCCGUGCACGUCAGUGUGCAUGGUUCCCGUUAUUAGUAACUUAAAGCAGAACUGUUUGUCUCCACUCAGUUCAUCAUAAUGCAAACAUCUAAAUAUUGCAAUACUUUCCUCAGUGGACCAUACGUCCAGUCAACAUUAUAUUACCCACUCAGCAACAGACAAUUAUUUGACUGGAAUUCUUUGAGGGUGCCACUUUCAAGUGGAAACUUUUUGUCAUGACAACUAAGAUUUAGCUUGAGGGGACGAUGAUGGGUCCCUGCCACUAGACUGAGAAUCAGUACAUGAAACUCCUUCAGUUUAAACUAACUCCACUGGUAUCAUCUGCAACUGUAAGAGCAGAGUGAGUAAUUUGACUUAGGUACCUUAACCAAUUUACCUGGCACCAUUUACUUAACUAAAUACUUCAGUAAAGGGGGAAAAGAAAAUAAACUGUGCUUUUCCUCUGUAAGUAAAAACAUGAACUAGACAAUUGUUCAAACAGCAACAGAUAACAUUUAUUUAUAUAUAUAUUUUUUUUUAUUCUGAAAAAUGCAGAAAAAGACAGAUGGAUUUCCCUUUAAAGCGGGAACUACAUUUUAGGCAGAUCCUGAGGAAAAAAAACACUGUGGCAAAACUAGCUUCCCUGUAAUGUUACAGACAAGUGACCAAAAAUAUGUAUGAAUCUGAAUACAUAUAAACCAUGGAUCACUUUUAUAUUUUUAUGUAUUUACAGUUUCAUCACAAAAUAAGUCCUAUGACAGGAAUCCCAAAAUGAAACAUUCAACCAGUCCACUAGCACAGCCUGCUGGUCAGAUAAUGUACUGCAAUGCCAGAGUGACUGCAUACAUUACAGUGUUUAGCCCAGAGCAGGAAUACCUUUAAAAAAAAAAAAAGUCUACAUAUACGUGGAUCUGUCCUCACACAGGAAUAACUACACAGACAUUUAAACAGGAACAGAUCUGUGUGGCAACAUUUUAACCUGAUCAAUUAAAUCCGUCAGAGAAUAUUGGGAAAGUUAAGGCUGUGAAUGAUGUUACAAGUGUGACUUUAUCCAUUCGGGGUGUUUCUUGUUGCCUGGCACCGACACUAAAAGGUUCCAUUCUCCAUGUACCAUAAAUAGUUUGACAGUAACACUCAUUAAACAUCAAUCUACAUGCUCGACGUAUUACAUUCAUCACACUUUGUUCUUGAAAUUUUCAAUCGGAGGAUGUACAUGGAGGACAAUCAAUCACAUGUAUUACAAGACCCAAUGGAUCAGGUUCAGAAAUUUGGACAACACGUGACAAUACUGAAGGAUGGAAAUGUGCAUGUUACUGAAAAUACAUUAGCUCUGGCCUGACACAACAGAGCAUUAUCAGGCAAUAAGAGCUGCAAUUGUUUGCUUUUCCCUUAGAGGGGAAAACUACAUGUGCUUGAAGAAAAGGAGUAAACUGGGAACAACAUAAUAUCUACAGAGGGUCAGAAGGUGAUUUAAUACAUCACAUGAAAUCAUUUAAAACUGAAGCAACUUCAUCACACACUGCUACAAAAGUGGGUCACAUUUGCCUGAAUGUGAUUUGGUAGCAUCAAACAAAAACCUCCAGGGGAACAAACUAAUGCCUGCUCGCAUUUUGGAACAAUAACUGGAAAUACAGUUGUGCAGGACAAAAAGCAACAGCUGCUUAAACGAACUCCAACGGAUAUGAUGGACAUAUAGUUGGGGAACUCUGCCAACCCACCAUUGUAGCAGUGUUUUCAGUGGUGAUUAGGCUCCUUCAAAGUUUAAAUCUUGGUCUACUGUUGGUAUACAAGCCUCAAAAAGAGAAAGAAAAAACAUGAAUCUAAAAACCACUACGCAUUGAGCUUUCAAAUUGUGCUAAUAAAACAAAUAAACAUGACUUCAGAAGGCAGAUUAGGAAGUUCAUAGUUUAUUAAAAUUCUAUAUGGUUCAAUCUAAAUGAGUAUAAAAAAAAACAGUGUAAAUCAAUGCAAAAUUCCUAAGCAAGUGAGUGUACAAUGUGUGGUCCAGUGUACGCUACCCAUUUCAAGUUUAUGACAAAACAGCAAUCUCUAACCCUGAAAGCAACUUAGAAUCGUGACUAUUUCUCAGAAUAGAAACUAUGAACAUAUAAUUUUUGCCUUGCUACCUUUACCUGUCCUUUGAUAAACCUCUGAAAAUAAAGCAGAAAAUUGAAUGUUCCAAAUCUCCAGCGUGGCCCAGCCACCAUGAGGUCCGUUUACAAAUCAGAGAAUAAAUACAGGCAUCCAAAUGGGCUACAACAGCAGACAUUUCGGAAAAAAUAUUUUCCUCAUGCAUACACACAAGCAUACUUCUGACUGAGAUUAUGAGCUUUCUAAACCCCCUUAUCUACUCUGAACAGUUACUCUUUACAGUGCAACAGUAUGGCAGCAAAUGGAUAGCAGUGCUUUCAUUAAAAAAAAAAAAAAAAAAGGAAUGGAAAAUAAAAAUAUGUA